AUGGCUUCCAAGGACGGCGCUGAGCAGACCAAGCCCGCUGAUCAGGAGCCCAAGAAAAGUGACUGGGACUUGGCCAUGGAGGUUGCCGAGUCGGAGAACCCCUUCCACACCCCAGCACCGCCUGGAGCUUCCCAGAGUCCCAUCAACCCCUACGACGGCCACAUCGACAACGAGGAGAAGGAGAAGGCCCAGGCCUCCCGUCCGUCCCGCGCAGCAUCGCAGAGAUCGCUGACUGCCAGAACCGCGCCCCUCCCCUAUCCUAACUUCAGCUUCCCCAAGCGAGCUGACAGCCGCCACCGUGCGUACUCGGAGCAGCACAUCGGCCAAGCCAGCAGCAGCAGGCUCAUGCCCAUCCUCGCCUCCUCCAGAGAGGCCCUGGGUUCGCCGAGUGCUCCCACCCUCCAGCGAGUGACCUUCAACGAGGAGCCCAGAAUCCCCAGCCCGGACGCAAUCCUCGACAUCUCCAUGGACUCCCUCGAGGAGAUCCGCCGCAGCGACAUGGCGCGUGACAACAACCCCUUCGACUCGGACAGCGAGAAGAGUCUGCCUACCUCGAUCCACAUCCGCUCCAAGGAGCGUGACGAGGAGGAUGCACUCGCCAGCCGUCCUCGCCGCCAUCGCCCUCCCACUCCGAUGCCGAUACUGUUCGGCGGCGGCGCGUCGCCAGCUUCAUCCCCUACCAUCGAGCUCGAUAGGAGCCCAGACAGGGGCAGAGUGAGCAGUGGAGUCCACCCAGUCCGUCCCGACACGCCCAUCCCGGGCUCGUCGCCCGCGGUUCGCGACUUCGUGUACGAAGAGCCUUACCUGGCCCAGACCGUCGACCUCACUCCGCCUCCGCGCUCUCUGCAGCGACCGUACAACCCCCGCGGCGGCAUCGAAGUCAGCCUCAGCCGCGGCCAGUCACUCAACUUCGCCUCCUCCAGCCGCCGCACCCGCGGCCGCGGCCCGGGCGACGACAGCCAGCUCACCAUGGCCGAGGCCCUGCGCCAGUUCUCCUCCCCGCCGCCCUCCGCCCAGGCCCUGUCCGUCCGCCGCGGCCCAGAGAUCCACCGCUUCGGCACGAUGGAGUCCGUCAGCGCGCCCACCGUCUCCAUCGCCCGCGAGGACACCGGCCCGGGCAUCCUGGGCGAGCACCCGCUGGCCCGCGUCGGCCCGCGCGUCGUCGCCCGCCGCCGCGAGCGGCGCAUCCUCUGGACGCUCGGCGUCGGCACCCAGCUCGGCGUCAUCUCCUUCUCGUGCUCGCUGGCCGUCAUCAUCACCGAGGCCGCCAUCGCGGGUAGGUUUUACGCCGGCGUCGCCGUCUGGGCCAGCGUCAGCUUCGUCUGGUGCCUCGUCACCAUCAUCUGGCUCGUAAUCCGCAUCGACAAGUGCGGCGGUGCUCGCCGCCGCCGCCGUCGUCGCGGUCGGACUACGGCCGCAGCUCUCCAGGGCGAUGACGACCUUGAUCUGGAGCAGGGCCGCGACGGCGAAGAGUGGCACGAACUGCAGGAAGUUGUCGGCCACAACCGCCUCGUCAACAAGCAGCUCCCCGUCGCCAACGCGCAGAACGUCGCGACUGCCACCAUGGCUGACGAGCAGCAGCGCCGCCAAGACGAGCACUGGACUCGCUUCGCCCAGGACGAGGGCCAGCUGCGCCGCCACGUCGAGAACCUCGAGGACAAGCUCCGCGCCGCGGAGGAGGAGCUCACGCAGUACCGCGGCGCCGUCCAGGUUGUCCCCGAAUCGCGCACUGUCAGCCUUGCCCAGGCCAGCACCGUCGGCGGCACCCCGUCGAGCUACCAGAGCAAGCGGAACAAGGGUAAGGGAAAAGAGCGGGAUCUCCGCACCGCCGUCUCGCAGCGCGCUCUGCUCCGCAACACCACGUUCGAGAACAACGACAACAACACCAUGAUGCCCGCCUCCGGCACCGAUGGUAGCAUCAUCACUGCUCUCUGCGCUGGCGUGGGUGCGGGAGCAGCCUCGGAGCCGUACAGCCCGCUCGACAACAGGUCCUCGCGUGCCACUCCCGGCCGCUCGACGGGCGACGGCGGCGACUUCAGCAGCCUCGCCGGAACCAGCAUCACCAUGCGCGAGGCGCGAGUCCGUGCUGCUGAGCAGAACGAGCCGAUCCACCUCAGUGUCAUGCCCAACGGCCACAUCCGCAUGUCGUCCUACGAUAUCAUGGGCGGCCGCAUCCCCGAAUUCAACUGA